GUUUGGAGAACCGACGUACACGAAGUCACCGGAUGACACAGAAAACCUGAAUGUGGAGCAGCAGGACGAAGAAGAAGAAGAAAAAGGUGGUGGAGGCACAAAACGAGGUAAACAAACAGCAACCAGCUGAUCAGGAUGGAGGACCAGAGGCCAACCAGGAAAACCCUGAGCAGGGCCAAGGGCUUGGUGAUUACAUCUUCAGUUUUGCCUCCACUGCCACAAAGAAGAUCUCCGAGUCGGUGGUAGGGACAGCUCAGACCAUCAAGAAGACUGUGGAAGAGGGGAAAAUCGACGGCAUCAUCGAUAAGACUUUUCUAGGAGACUUCCAGAAGGAGCAAGAGAAGUUCUCAAGAGAAGAAGGCAAAGAAAUCAGGUAA